CGAAAAAACGGUUAACGUCAGUGACAUGUUUGUAUGUACACAUUUCGCAAUCACAUAGAUAAACAGAACAAACCCGGCGGCACCACACACAGUCCCUCCUGUGCUAUGCUAUGCUAUGCUGCCUGCAUGAGCUUGCCCUUCUUGUCGAAGGCGUUCUUCUGGUACACCAGCACCAACGAGUCCCUCCCCCUCCCUCCGAGUCCCCCAUCAUUGCCCUCCUCACCCCCACCCCCUCCCCCUCCCCCGCCUCUCUUCUUGCCAGCCUGCCACCACUCAGAGGGCAGCGGGUCAGCAAACCGCACCUUGAACUUGCCCGAAGUCCCGAACGCGCCCUCGAUGACGCCCACGUGCUUGGACGGCUCGUGCGUCACCCGCAGGCCCACAAACUGGCUGAUGUCGGUCUCCUUCUUGAACAGGUCCUUGCCGAUGACGCAGUAGCCGUCCUCUGUGACUCUGUCGACGUGGCCCGUCUUGACUUUGGGCUUCAGCACACGGAGGGAGGACAUGGGGACAUCGGUGUCGCUGAUGGGCGUGAGAAGGCGGCCGAAGAAUGCCAGGCGGCAAGAGGGCGAGUGGGCGUCCAGAUCGAACUUGGAGCCCAUCAGCAGACUGCCCAAUGGACACUGCACCCACCACACAACACGCAACACACACACAGGGCAGAACGGCAUGUGUGUGGAUCAUCCACCGCCCCAUCGACGGCCCACCUGCACGGGCUUCUCGAAGUGCAACAGGCAGAAGAACAGCUCAAACUCGGCUGCAUCGACCACCGCCCCCCCAUCUCCACCGCUCUCCCCCCCCACGCCCCCAGGCGGCCUCUCUGCGGGCAGUUCGUCAAGGUGGUCAUACAAGAGCGACACGUCCAGUGUGUCGGGCCACGCCGCGGCUUUCUCCCGCACCAGCAGCCCCACACCAAGCGCAGAAGGGUUCGACACUGACGCGGGCGAGAGGCCAUCAUGGCAAGGGGAGGAGGAGGGAGAGGGGGGGUGGCCAUUGGCGGCUGAUGGUGUGUUUGCUGUUGGUGUGGUGGGUUUGUUCUUCCUUUUGAGUCCGAAGAAGUGGACGUUGGCCAUGACGGUGGUGUGGCCGAUGGUGCAGUGGAACUUGGCCUUGCUGCGCACCUGACACAUGAACACACAACAGAGACGCAUUCAUCACAUCAAGCUGUAUAUGUGUGAGCGAGUGGCGCGUGCCGUACCUGUCCUUUGAAGUAUUUGAUUCGCUGCACGACGGCCACACACGAGGUCAGGGUGGGCAGGGGCGCGCCCACAGACGUCACCAUCCCACGCUCCUGACACACGAAGACACACACGGCCAUAUACACAACAUCGACUCCACAGCGCGCCGAACAAUCGACAUAUAUCCGGCGACUGACCAGCUUCUCGCCUCCGAUGGCCGGGACGCAGAUGGACACACGGUCGCCGUGCGACGCACAAGGGAGGUCCUGCUUGAAACUCUAUACACACGCACACACAUCACCACGAUCACCCACCCCACCCCACCCAUGAAGUAUACUCCUCCUUGCCACAUCUUGUCACACCUGAAUGGUCCUGACGCGUGUCUGCACUGCGUGUGGGUAAAUGACGAUAUUCUGGCCGACCUCCAGCCGCCCCGACAGCAGUGUCCCCGUCAGCACGGUGCCCUUGCCCUUCAGAGGGAAGGAGUGGUCGUACACCAUGUGCAUCGGAGCCGAUGACGAGGCGGCAUCGCUCGCACUCGGCCGCCUAGGGGGGUGUCGCCUGACGGUGUCGACCAUGGUGUUGAUCAGCGAUGCGAUGCCGAUGGGCUCGGCGAGUCGAGUGACGUCCUGCUCCGCACCUGACAUCCAUCCAUCCAUCCACACACAUGGCGGGCAGACAGACACACGUGUGUCUGAUUGAGAGUGUGAGAGAGAGUGUCUACCUGGGUUGGCAGAUACGGGGAGUAUGGGGACAUCGCUGCCGAACAGAGUGCGGCCGAACACCUGCUUUCGAAGCCCUGUCGUCAGCUUCUCCAGCUGGCAUACACACACACACACACAUCGAGAGAUGGCAGCCCGGCCCUGGUGUGUGCCCACCUGGCUGUCAUACCUUCUUAUGCCUCUGCUCCUCUGGAAUGAGGUCGACUUUGUUGAGCACGACCACCACGUGCUGCGCCAAGAUCUCGGCAAUUACCAGGCACUCCUGCGUCUGUGUCUGCACCCCCUUGGUCGCGUCAAUCACCAGCAGCACCAAGUCGAUGAUGUGCGCCCCCCCAAUAAUGGUCUUGAUCAGCGAGGCGUGCCCCGGACAGUCCACCAAGCAGAACUGCAGCUCCCUCUCCCUCUCGUCAGCAGCCUCAUCGGCACCCACAGUGGUCUUGACAAAGAAGGCAGAGAAGCCGAGGUCGAUGGUGAUGCCUCGUUCCUGCGACUGGGGGUGUUUGUCGAGGGCUGCCGUGGACGUCACGCGGCUGAGCGCCCGCACGAGGCUGGUCUUGCCGCUGUCGACGUGACCCAGCACACCCACGUUGACAUUCAGCCGACGAGCCAUCGGGACGGAACCGUGCAGAUCUGUCGACACACACACAAAUGCAUAUGCCUAUCGAUGACCGUCGGCGUCAGGGUGUCCGUGCGCCCCUCACACUCACUUGUGGAAGAUCUGACCUCGGUGUCGGGCGGCUGCUUGUCAGAUGACAACCUGCAGAUCAGAUGGAUAAACAGGAGGAUACAUCAAGUGCAUGUGGAGUCUGUUGCACAUCCGUGCCAUCAUCAUACAUACACACUCACGGCAGAUCUGCGCUGCACUUUGCCGAACUCUACGUUGAUCAAGGCCGUUGCCGCCUCCCUGCAAUCUGGCAGAUGAGAUCCGCCACCCC